GAUAACUGGGAAAGAAUUAAACGCAGCGGGGCUAUUAAGAGAGUAUUAGGAAAUUAAUCACAACGCGUGAAUUUAUGUACUCCAAACUGCAGAUUUAGUCGCAAGCCUUAGUGGGAGUUUGUUCCAAGUAAUGUGUGUAAAGAUGCCUUUUGAGUGCAGCUAUGUUUUGCUUCACACUGGACAGAGGAUGCCUUUAGUUGGAUUAGGCACUUGGAAGAGUGAUGCUGGACAAGUAAAGGAGGCUGUAAAGUACGCCCUUAGUGUGGGCUAUCGCCACAUUGACUGUGCUACAGCUUAUAGCAACGAAGCAGAAAUAGGUGAAGCUCUCCAGGAGACUGUUGGGGCUGACAAGGCUGUUAAAAGGGAAGAGCUGUUUGUUACAUCAAAGCUAUGGAACACCAAACACCAUCCAGAAGAUGUGGAGCCAGCUUUAAGGAAGACCCUGCAAGAUCUGAAGCUGGAUUACCUAGACCUCUAUCUUAUGCACUGGCCACAUGCCUUUGAGCGAGGAGAUAAUCUCUUCCCCAAGAAUCCUGAUGGCACAAUGCGUUAUGAUUAUAUUGACUACAAAGAUACAUGGAAGGCCAUGGAAAAGUUGGUGUCAAAAGACUUGGUGAAAGCUAUUGGGCUUUCAAACUUCAAUAGUCAACAGAUUGACGAUGUUCUUGGCAUAGCUUCUGUCAAGCCAGCAGUUCUACAGGUGGAAUGUCACCCUUACCUAGCUCAGAAUGAACUAAUAGCUCAUUGUCAUCAGCGAGGGCUGGUGGUAACUGCUUAUAGUCCUCUUGGUUCACCUGACCGGAUGUGGAAGCACCCAGAUGAGCCAGUGUUGCUGGAAGAACCUGGGAUAAAGAAGCUGGCAGAAAAAUACAGCAAAUCUCCUGCCCAGAUUCUUCUCAGAUGGCAAGUUGAACGGAAAGUGGUUGUUAUUCCCAAGAGUGUUACCCCUGCACGCAUACUCCAGAAUCUCCAGGUGUUUGACUUCAGUCUGACUGUUGAAGAAAUGAACUUUAUCAAGAGCCUGAAUAAGAACUGGCGAUAUAUUGUGCCAAUGGUCACGGUAACUAUUGUUUCUGUUCAUUAAAAAAAAAAAAAAAUU